GAAAGCCACCCAAGGACACCCAGAACCCCAGCUCCCUGCAGAAUGAGCUUCUCACUCACGUUCUCCGAGCUGGUCAACAUCGCCAUCCCGCAGUGCGGCGUGGUGAACUUCAAGGCCCUGCACCUCCUGCUGCAGGGCAUCCUGGAGCACAUCCACAUGGCCGAGCUCAAGAAGGUCCUCUCGGGAGAUGAGGACUUUCUCCAGACCUCGCCGGGCGCCUUCAUGCCCCGGGAAGCAGAUGCCCAGCCCAUCGUCCACCCCAUGAAGAGGCUCAGCAACAUCUUUGACCACGUGGUGAGCCGCGUCGACAAGAUGGAGAGCCAGCUGGCCGCGCUGCAGGACCUGCCCUCCACUUCCCAGCUGCUGGAGGGCAGCCGGGACAACGGCCGGCCCGCCCAGGACCUGUGGCACCUGAUAAAGCUCCGGAAGAUGGUGGAAGGCAAUGAAGAAGCCACGGCAAAGUCCAUCAAGACCCUGCAGGACUUGCUCACUGACGUUUAUGCACUCAAGGUCUCUGCUGAAACUCUCAGACAGGAUGUGGACAGGCUGAAGGACAUACUUGAAAAGAUGCACCCGGAAAGAAUGGACACUUUCAUGGAGGAUCUGAGAGGACAGACCCAGACAACCAGGACACUGCAGCAGGAAGUGGUUUCUCUCCAGGACAAGAUCCUCACCAUCCCCAGCGCCGAGGACACGGUACUCUGGAGCACCCUCCAUGAGGCCAUGUUCACCCCUGGAGCUUUCACGCCAAGAACCAAUUCACUGCAGCUAGAGGACUCGGAGCUGUUGCAGGCUGUGAGUCAGCUCCCACAGACAGAUGGCUCCCAGACUGCUGAGUACCCCGAAGCUGUUGGUCGUGCCCAGGCCUCAGGGGCCGUCCAGCACCCCAGGUUACUGGAGUCUGCCUGGCCUUAUGGGAUCCUGGAGGAGCUACAGGACACGGAAUCUGCCCAAGCUGCUCUACUCACCGGGGCCCUGGGACCGGGGCAGCCUCAAGUACCUGAGCCUGGGUCUGCACCCGAGCCAGGGCCUGCCCCUAGGUCUGCGUCCAAGCCUGUGCUUGCGCCUAGGUCUGCGCCUGUGCCUGCACCCGAGCCUAGGUCUGCGCCCAAGCCUGCACCUGUGCCCGAGCCUAGGUCUGUGCCCAAGCCUAAGUCUGCGCCCAAGCCUAGGUCUGUGCCCAAGCCUGGGCCUGCACCUGCCCCUGGACCGGCACCUGUGCCUGGACCUGCACCUGUGCCUGGGUCUGCACCUGUGCCUGCGCCUGGGCCCACACAGAGGCCACAGCCUGGGCCCACACCUGCACUGGGGCCUGUGCUAGAGCCCAGUCUGACAUCUGGAUUCACACUAGCACGUUGGCCUGCAUUCAGACCUGGGCCUCAUCCUGGAACUUGGCCUGUCCUUGGGCCUAGGGCUGUCCCUGCCCUUGAGCCUGGGGCUGUCUCUGGGCCUGCACCUGCCCCAGGGUUUCAGCCCACACCACCAGGAGGCUGGCCUCUUCCCAGAGGCUUGUCCAGAGCUAGCAAUUGGCCUUUCUGGGCCUCACACUCCUUGCAGCUUCGCCCAGACCCAUCAGGCCUCCCGCCUGCACAGCCCCAGGGCUCCAGGGCCCCUCUGCCUGCCCCCGAGAUUGGCUCUACUUGGCCCCGUCCCCUGCGGUCACGGCCUGGCCAGGCACAGGUAUAUCCAUUGCCGGCUGUCUCAGAAAAUGAAGAAUAUUUAUCCCACAACAUGCCGGCUUCUCAGGCCAGGAUCCCCAGGGCUGAGGACCCCAAAGCAGCACCCCCUAAGGCUGUCCCGUCUGCCCUUCAGCGGUUGAAGACCACCGCUGCCAUUGCGGCUGCUGCCGCUGCUUCCUACGCAGCCGCUGCCUCGGCAGCAGCCCGGAAAGCUGAAGCCGCCGCCAAGGCCGUCAAAAAUGCCCCAGCCACCAAGUUGGCCACCACAGCAACGUCUGAGGCCGUAUCCGGACCCUUAGGAGUCUUCGCAGGUACCCUGGGUGCAGGCUCUUCCCGUGGGGCCUUGGCCUCCGAGUCCUUGGCUGAGGACACUGUGGCAGAAGACUUGCGGGUUCACAACAAAGACUUCGGUCCCCCAUACUUUGCUGUCAGCAUCUCUCCUGAUAGGAGACUGUCCCAGGCCAUGCUGGCUGCCCAGAAUGCCGUGACCUCUGAAGACAAGAAGGAGGCCGUCAGGUACUCCAUGAGCCACAUAGCCCAGAUGCCCAUUAGACACGACUCCCUGAAAGAAGAGUUGGUCCAGCUGUACUCCACCCUUCAGCAGCGCCUGACUCACCUAGCUAAUACGGGAGCCUCUUCUAAGCUCAGCACGACAGUGGACAAACUGCAGGAGAAGAUUGGGAACCUCCAGAAGUCCAGGAUGAAGGAAGAGGAACGUGAAAGAAUUUGGGGCCAACAAAUAGAGAUGGUGAAGCAUCACCACCUGGUGCUGGACAAGGCAGUGGAGAAGCUCCGCAUUCGCCUGGAUGACUUGAAGAUUAUCCAUGCUCAAAUUAAAAACCUCGAAAUGCACAAGGUGGACAAAAGUAGGAUGCAGCAGGAGUUGAAGGAGAAAGCCGACAGGAGUGCCCUGGCAGCCAAGGCGAACCGAGCUGACGUGGAGACGGCGGUGACGGAGCUGAAUGAGAUGAUUCAGGGCCUGCUCUUCAGGGUCGUGGCCCACGAGGAUGACUGGAAGACGGCUGUGGAAAAGCUGAGCAAGGACCUGAGCACCAAGCUGGUCCACAGUGAUUUGGACGAUCUGAAGAAGGACGUGGAUGAGGUCUGGAAAGUAGUCAGGAAGCUGCUGAUCGAAGGCCUUCGGUUCGACCCUGACAGCGCUGCCGGCUUUAGGAAGAAACUGUUUGAGCAGGUGAAAUGCAUCUCCUGCGACCGGCCUGUGGAGCUGAUGACUGGCCCGCAACUCAUCACCAUCCGCAAAGCCCACCUCCUCUCACGGCUGCGCCCUGUCAGUGCCAACAGCUACGAGUACCUGCAGCGGCAACAGAUGAGGGAACACCAGCGGCUGCAGCAGAUCCAGGACCUCGGAGGCCAGGACAGGAGUCUGGAGGUGCUGGUGCCCCAGCAGGACUGGGGCGAUGGCCCCGGCAACGAUACCAACAUCCAGCUCAAGUCCUAUAACUUGGCAACGUUGUACCCCUAUGGGGACCCUGGGCUGUUGGACUAUGACACAGCCGAGGUGGACAUUCUGGGAGUGGACGGGAUCCUGUACAAGGGCCGCAUGAGCAGUCAGGCGGGGGCGCGGACUUCGACAGGCGCAGAGAAGGGGCUUGCAGCUGUGAAGGUUCCGCACCCCCCAACUCAAAAUCUGUAUGAUCGUGAACGCCCAAGUGCCUUGUUUGGUGACAUCUACCCCUCCCUGCAGCCCCGAACAAGCGUGCGCUCACCUGCCUCAGGCUCCCAGCCCAAGAUGCCAGCUCAGCCUCCAUCGCUGCCCCUGCUGCCGCCACUGCCGCCACCCCCGAGGGACCCCCAGCAGGGCGCGGGGCCUGCCUGGCACACACAACCUCGGCGCCAUGAGUCCCAAGCCACCACGCAGCCUGCCAACCCGACUGUGUCUAAAUGAGGCCAAGCUCUUCCAGACCCAGGCCACUUACCUGUCCAGGACGCCUUGGGGGGCAUGGCUGUGCAGUCCUGGACCUUGCACCCACCCCCGUAUCACAGAUGAGUAUUUUUGGCACCUUCUCCCCAAAAUAAAAUCUUUCACUGUGGAUGAGGGUGACUAGCCUGACACCCUCUGCAGAGA